AUGUAAACUUAUGAGCACAACUGUACAUAUUAUGUAGCCAUACGUACCCCUGUCAUAUUGGAAUGAAAGUGUAGGCUACACCUUUUUCAUAACCUCUAGGUGGCGCUGGUAUAUUAGAAUGAAAGUGUACAGCUUUGUCAUAACCUCUAAAUGGUGGCAUACAUUUAUAAAAUGGGAAAGUUUUUUUUUUUCAUUUUCCCAUAUCCCUAUGUAUAAUGUGCACCAUUGACUUGACAUUUUUUGGGGGAAAAAAAUGCAUAUUAUACAUGAGAAAUUACGGUGCAUCUUCUAUCCAUGCUUGCAUGGGUUUUUAUUCUCCUAUUUCCCUGGCUUGUUCCCACACUCCAAAAUUUGAUACUGUAUGUUAAUUGAAGUCUAUAAAUUUCCCAUAGGUGUACCCAGCCUCUCUCCCAAAUUUAGCUGGGAUAUUCGGACCCAGCUCACCCACGUCCUUAAUGAGUGCAAGUGGUAUACAAGGUAUGUCAGAAAAGUUCAAGGACUGGUGUCACAAAAGAUAUAUAGUUCAACUAGAAAAUACAAGAAAGAAAGAAAGAAGAAGAAAAUACAACAUCGAAAUAAUCCCCCUGAAGCCAAAUGCACUUUGCUAUCCAUCUCUCCCACACUUUCAUGCUCUCCAAGAAGGAUUCUUCCUGGAUCCUCCGCAGCUCCAUCGUUACGGCCAUCUUAAUGUCGUCCAUGUCUUCAAAAAGGUCCACUUGAUGACCCCACAUAAAAAAUGACACAUAGCCAGUUUGGGUUAUUCGGGAGGUUGCUACAGUUCUUCUCGGCCAGGAACUGUCUGAUGUUCAGGCUGUUGUGACAGAGCGCCUUAUCAUGGUGAAGCAGUGUUGUCCUGCCACAACUCUUGCCUCUUGUCAUGCACUGAAGAAGCAAUUGCCAGCAAGAUCUCAUUGUUGAUGUGCUUGUUGAUCUUCUGGCUCACACUGAAAGGGAAAACUUGUAGUUUGGAUUUGAAGUAUAACUUUUGUGACACCAGUCCUCGAUCUUUUCUGACACACUGCGUAUUAAGUGAAUGAAGAUGAUUACAAUUCAAUAUUGUUGCAUGUGCCUGACAAACAAGAAAUAAUGCUUCUGUUUCUGUAGUCAUGUGGGACCACUACAUGCAAAUCAGUACUACAAUUACACAAUGUUGACUUAUGUGCCAACUGUAAAUAUCUAAAUAUAGUUUUUCUUUGCCAGAGAGAUUAAAUGUGCGUGGUUUUGUAUUAGUAUUGUAGCAGUAGUAUGUAUUGUCUGUAAAGAAUGUAGGUUUUUCACUCUUAAAUCUAGAUUCGAUUUUUCACAUCACUUAUGAAUUAUUUAUAUCACUCGUAUCUCUGUAAUGUAAGUAAAGCAACCAUGAUACCCCCCGGCAUCAAUUAAACAUCCUAUUUCUUCUUGAUGUCAAAACUUCAUCUCUCAUCAAAGGUUCAAAAGAGCAGUUCAUCUUGAGCAGGGAGAAAUUUGAGAGUUGCUGCUCAUCAUUUUUGAGGAAACUUUGUGACACAAAUGGCAUUUUUGGGAGGAUCUGUUUUUCUGCUUUAGGGUGACGGUAAGCUUUUAGGGUAGGAAUGUCGUAGAAACUGAUCCAUUCUGUGGACUGGCUUAGACCAGACUUGUAGCCUGCAGGCCUCUGUGGCUUUGGCCUCAUCCUGUUGUCAGGACAUCAACCGCAACUACAAAACCACUCUCCAUAGCUGUAAUCCGAGAAGUCACAGAGCUCUGGCGAUUGAAAGUGGAAAGUCCCGUGCCUUCAGUUCUAAGAGAUGACUUCCGUCAGACACCCAGUGAUGUAGUGGUGGCCGCAGGUGAGCCAGCUGUCAUGGAGUGUAUUCCCCCUAGAGGACAUCCUGAGCCAACUAUCACGUGGAAGAGAAAUAAUGUUCAGGUCAAUGACAGAGAUGAGAGGAUCACAAUCCGAGGAGGCAAACUAAUGAUUUCCAAUACCAGAAAAAGUGAUGCUGGCAUGUACGUGUGUGUUGGCACCAAUAUGGUUGGAGAAAAAGACAGUGAUCCAGCUGAACUGGUUGUAUUUGAGAGGCCGGUGUUCACAAAGCAGCCGGUGAGCCAAGUGGUAUUGGCUGACGAUACAGUGGACUUCUUUUGCGAGGUGCAUGGGGAUCCAACACCGACUGUUCGCUGGCGGAGAGAGGAGGGGGAGUUGCCUCGUGGCAGAUAUGAGCUCCGUAGUGACAGCAGUCUGCACCUGAAACAGGUGCGAGCUGAAGACGAGGGCACUUACACGUGUGUGUCAGAGAACAGUGUGGGCAAAGCGGAGGCAGCAGCUACCCUGCAAGUACACGUGCCCCCUCAGAUUGUUGUGCGGCCACGAGACCAGAUCACAGCACCAGGCCGUACUGUAACGUUUCUCUGCGGCACUAAAGGAAACCCUCCACCGGCUGUCUUUUGGCAAAAAGAAGGAAGCCAGAUCUUGCUGUUCCCUAUUCAGGAACAGUCAAAACAAGGCCGUUUUUCUGUGUCGCUUAGCGGUGAGCUCACCAUCAUUGAUGUCCAUGUCGAGGACUCCGGCUACUACAUUUGCCAGGCCAUCAGUGUGGCGGGCAGCAUACUUACAAAAGCCCUGUUAGAGGUGGAAAGUGCGCCUUCAGAUCGUGUUCCCCCCAUCAUCCGGCAAGGACCAGCAAAUCAUACUCAUGUGCCAGGUUCAAAUGCACAGUUACACUGCCACAUCAUGGGGAACCCUAUUCCUAGUAUCCAAUGGGAGAAAGACGGUCAGAGGAUUCUAGUAAAUGAUGGUCGAAUCAGCCUGAUGGAAAAUGGCACCUUGCAAAUUGCCAAUCUUCAGGAAACCGACUCUGGCGUUUACACCUGCCUGGCUUCCAGCUCCAGCGGUGAGACGAGCUGGAGUGGAGUGCUCACUGUCAAAGAGAAUGCAGACCCGUCAGUCACUCAGACCACUGAGCCAUUCCAGUUGCCAGGUCCACCACACAAACCCAUUGUCACAGAUGUCUCCAAGAGCAGUGUCUCUCUGACCUGGCAACCCAAUGCUCAUGAAGGAGGAGCUGCAGUUACCUCCUACAUCAUUGAGGCCUUCAGCCAGUCCGCCGGCAGCACUUGGCAAACUGUAGCUGACAUGGUGAAGAUGGAAACACACACAAUCACUGGCCUUCUCUCCAACACCAUCUACUUGUUUAUUGUACGAGCUGUCAAUGCCUAUGGCCUGAGUGACCCAAGCCCCAUCUCACAGCCUGUCAGAACACAAGACGUGAGUCCGACGGGUCAGGGACUGGACCACAGACAGUUGCAGAGAGAGCUGGGGGAGGUGGCGGUCAAACUACAAGAGCCCAUCAGACCGACUACAUCCUCAGUCCGAGUCUCCUGGGCUGUUGAUCGUCAGUCUCCGUAUGUACAGGGCUACCGUCUCUUCUACCGCCCCAGUGGGGGAACAUGGCUCCUCCAAGACAUCAACUCCCCCUCCGAGCGCAGCACUGUACUUACGAGCCUACUCAAAGGAACUGAGUAUGAGAUAAAGAUCCGGCCUUAUUUUGACGAAUUUCAGGGGAAGGACAGCCGCACAAUACUGGUUCGAACCCCAGAAGAAGUGCCUAGUGCCCCUCCAAGAGCUGUUACAGUGGCGACAGUGAAGCAAAGCAACAUCUCCAGCAUCAUUGUCUCCUGGGAACCUCCACCCAGUGACAUGCAGAACGGCAUCAUCCAAGAGUACAAGGUUUGGUGUGUGAGCAGUGGCAAGAACAACCAGACACGCUACUACAUCAACAAGACAGUGGAAGGGAACACUUUGUCCACAGCGCUGAAAGGGCUAAUACCCGGUGUCCUUUACCAGGUCGAGGUGGCAGCCGUUACUGGUGCUGGUGUCGGCACCCGCAGUCAGCCUUUGCCUAUCCUCAUUAAGAUGGCAGCUGAACAGCCCUCUGUGCCAGGCGGCGUUGACACUGACGAUGACAGCAGGGAGAGCAACGUGAGUCUGGCUGAGCAGAUUACUGAUGUGGUCAAGCAGCCGGCGUUCAUCGCAGGCAUCGGCGGAGCCUGCUGGGUCAUCCUCAUGGGCUUCAGCGUCUGGAUUUAUUGCCGACGCAAAAAGAGAAAGGAGUUGAGCCACUACACUGCUUCCUUUGCUUACACGGCAGCAGUUGGAUUUCCUCAUGGAGAGGGAUCUGGACACAAUGGAAGGCCAGGCAUGCUGGGAGGCAACAUGGGCAACUACCCGUGGCUGGCAGACUCUUGGCCCACCACCAACCUGGUCCACAGUGGUAAAGAGGCUGUCAACUGCUGCACUACCAGUCAUGACACAGCUGAGCGAUACUACAAUGAAGCUGGCAUCUCCAACUACCUGAACCAGACAGAGAAAUACAGCAUGAGCGGCUCCACUGAGGGGCCCAUUUACAGCACGAUUGAUGCCACCAGCGAGGACCUUCACAGCUUUACUUACGCCCAGCACACCUCAACCACUCCCUAUGCCUCCACCUCUAUCAUGCCCUUCGCAAACCAAAUGGAGAGCCCACCCCAUGGUGGCGAGCAACAGGAUGAUGGGCACUGGAUCACCCAGCCGGGACCAUCUGGAGCUCAGUACGCUCAACCCGACCGCUGUAAUGGUAAGCCAAAGCAGAAGGCCAUGGGUAAGGCUGUUAAGACACCAUCUCUAACAUGGAUGGAAACAUUGCCCCCACCUCCCUCAAUUGGACAGCUGGAACAGUGUGACCAGGAUGAGGAGCCCCCAGAGAAUGAGGACAUGGACAUCGGCUCAGAUGAAGAGUGGUGUCCUCCCCUCCCAGAGAGGACGUACCUGAUGGAGGGCUGUGAAAACAGCCCCUCCCACAAGAACAAUGCCUCUUCUCCAGCCACUUCCUACAGUCACCAGUCCACCGCCACACUUACUCCAUCUCCCAAUGAGGAGAAGCAAGCGUCCCAUGACCUGCACCGCCAACAGGAGGGCAAUCAGAUGUUGCGCAGAAGGUUACCAUGUGGUCCAGUGCCAGUUCCCCAGGCACCACUCACCCAGUCCAGCCCCUAUAGCCAACAGCAUCUCGGCUCAUCAGAGGUUGGCCCACUGCAGUGCCACAGUCAGACCCAGCGCUCUCUUCAUAACCCUGGGCACAAUGAAGGCAGGAUCAAUUCAGCUACACCCGUGCACAGCCGUCCAUCCCCAGCGGAUACAUGCUCUCCACCGAACCAAAAAGUUUGCGUAAAAAAAAAGGCUUCCAAGAGUUCAGUAUACAGGAGAGAAAUACAAGGAGACCUGCCUCCACCUCCAGAACCACCUCCAGAGGAGGACAAGUUUCAGGGUUCCCAGAAGUGCAUGGAGGCCGGUAAAGUGGCUAAUGGCUCGCUAUCCUCCCUGGAGAGGAGCGAAUACAGCAGUGGCAGCCACCAACGCAAAGGCUCAAGACAAAGACAAAUUGAAACUGCACAUGGCGAGGAGGUAAUGCUGUACGGUGGUAAAGCCGGCUACCUUUCCAGGAAUCAAAUGUCCAGUAACUGCUCAACCACAGGAAGCUCCUCAUCUCGGGCCUCAACGGAAUCCCGGGGGAUCAAUGCGGCCAGGAAGGGCAGUGAGCUCCAAAUUGAAUUUGAACAACACCAAAGAAAUGCAGGUUAGGCAUGGCUUUUUAUGAGGAAGGGGAAACGUAGUAGAUUUGAUGAUCUUUUAAGGGGUGGAGUUGUUAAGUUUUGUGCUGUCAUUUAAAGUAUCGCCAUAAAGCCGCCUGUGUAUGUAGGAAGAAAAAGGAUGGCCUGUCACAGGUCAGUCCCUGGUGACCCCAACACACAUCUGGUAUGGGAAUGUAGCAAAAAAACUUAACAACUGAAUGUCUCAUUCACAGACAAACACACGCACAUACAUACAUAAAGACAGGGCUCCCUUACAUGUCUGCUGUUGGUCAGGUCAUCCCCUGUGGAGUGAUGAGGAACACCUCGCCCCUUUAACAGACCCUUGCUGGCCGCCUCUUUAUGCCUUGCUAGGAACAUGAAAGCACAACCUUCAUCGCAAUAAAUUUUGGGGUGUUUUCACAGGAAGUCUGGAUUAGGUUACCACCUUCUUCCUGUUGUGUUAUGUACCUCUAUCUUUUGCCCUUUGACUCAGAGACAGGGAGGUGUUGCUGUCUGGGCUAAUUAAUUUGACUGGGGACAUCUGCAGCAUUGAUGUAUACAUUUGAGACAUUCUCCAAUGAUUGAUCAUAUGCACAAAAUAUAGGGACUUGCCAUGUGAUCACUGCAUCAACAAAGUAAAAAUGUGAGAAAAUAUACCGGUAGUUGUUGGGGUGUCUGAGAUGCUUUGCCAUUCAUCCUGAGUCAUGUGUGAGAUCAGAGGUCACUGAAGUUAUACCUGAGAGAGGGCCUGCUGGUGGAUCACCGUCUCAGUUCUGGAUCAUUCCAAAGGUGUUUCAUGAGCUAGAUGUCAGGUUUUGUUCAGGAUUUUCCAAUAGCAAACUUAAUGGACCUUGUUUUGGGCACAUUCAUGUUCGACUACCAAAGGGAUAGAAAGAUGAAACCAUACAAUUGUUCAAAAGGUCUUGAUAAGAUGAAAAAUUAAGAUUUAGGGGGAAAUAAGCCUGAUAACUGAAGAUUCUGCCUCUUAAUUAUAAAUUAACAGUAAAUGUGUACUUUGGGAGCCUGGCUCUACAAUCACCUUCUAAGAGAGAGUUACAACAAUUAGACAUCACAAAAUAAUGCACUAGUUGUUCAGCAUGAGCUAACAAAGACAAUUUGUUGUACUUACUUAUAUGAGUUAGACAUGAUAAAUCUGAAUUAAGAGUGAUGCCAAGAUGCCUCACUGUGCUGUUGGAGGCAACCACAAAACGGUCUAGAGCAGCUACAGUAUGUCAUUGGAGCUUCCAAAUUAACAGUCCAUUUCUCACCAAGGCCUUUCAGUUGUAAGAAAUUGUGAUUCAUGCAAUUCUUGAUUUCUUUAAGGCAUGCCUGAAGUUAGGAUAACUGAUUGGUUUCAUCAUAUUUAAUUAAUAAUUAAUGUUGGACAUAAAGUCUCCAUAACAAAUCAAUUUAACAAAGUGUUUUCUAUUCAUAUUGCCAAACUGCAUGUAAAGACAGAACAGUACAGGUCCAAGCAUAGAUUCCUGUGGGACGCCAUGACUAACUUUUACACAUAGAGAGUCUUCAUUACUGAUAUGCACAAUGGGUCCUCAACCUGCAUGUGUUGUAUAAUCAAUGCAAUCAUUCCUUCAGCCAGUUAUUAAUGGUAACCACCACCUUGCAUAAUGAAAAUAAAAAUCGAAAUAACCCACAGCCAAAGCCCACGGUAUGCUUGGUCAUGCAGAAGCACAUGCAUAGGUGCGCAAUAUGGACAUUAAUUAAAUGAGAUGUUCCUUUCAUCAUUUAGUUGAAGUAAGUCAGAAAAAUUGCAAUAAAGCAGAGAUUCAUAGUGGAGUGAUUAUAUACGUAAAUGUUCAGAAAUACAGUAUGUCAAAAAUGUGAUGUAUUGAAAAUUAUAACAUUU